AUGGCCGCUUCCACAAGACAGUUCGCCCGCGCGGCGCUGAGAACCUCCACCAGAACCUCCUUCGCCGCCGCCGCCCCCCGCCAGGCCUUCCGCCAGCAGGGCCGUCGUCUCUACUCCUCUGAGCCCGCCAGCAAGUCCGGCAGCUCGACCUGGAUCUGGCUCUCCGGUCUGGCCGUCGCCGGCGCAGGUGGCGCCUACCUCUUCACUAAGGAGGGCGGCGUUUCCGCCGGCUCCGUCCCCAAGGUCGUCAACCCCACGAAGGCCGACUACGAAAAGGUGUACAAGGUCAUUGCCGACCGCCUCGAGGAGAAGGACGACUACGAUGACGGCAGCUACGGCCCCGUCCUUGUUCGUCUUGCGUGGCACGCCAGCGGUACCUUUGACAAGGAGACUGGCACUGGCGGCAGCAACGGUGCUACUAUGCGCUUCGCCCCCGAGUCUGAUCACGGCGCCAACGCUGGCCUGAAGGCUGCCCGUGACUUCCUUCAGCCCGUCAAGGAGCAAUUCCCCUGGAUCACCUACUCCGACCUCUGGAUCCUUGGCGGCGUCGCCGCCAUCCAGGAGAUGCAGGGUCCCAUUAUCCCCUACCGCCCCGGCCGCAAGGACGGCGAGGCCGCCGCCUGCACCCCCGAUGGCCGUCUCCCCGACGCCUCCCAGCGCGAGAAGCACCUUCGUGACAUUUUCUACCGCAUGGGCUUCAACGACCAGGAAAUUGUUGCCCUCUCCGGCGCCCACGCUCUUGGCCGCUGCCACGUUGACCGCUCCGGCUUUGACGGUCCCUGGACUUUCUCUCCUACCGUCCUGACCAACGACUACUACAAGCUUCUCCUGAACGAGAAGUGGCAGUGGAAGAAGUGGGAUGGUCCCGCUCAGUACGAGGACAAGGGCACCAAGUCCCUGAUGAUGCUUCCCGCCGACUACGCCCUAAUCCAGGACAAGGCCUUCAAGAAGCAGGUCGAAGUGUACGCCAAGGACAACGAGGCCUUCUUCAAGGACUUCUCCAACGUCAUUGUCAAGCUGUUCGAGCUCGGUGUUCCCUUUGCCCAGGGCGCCGAGGAGCGCUGGACCUUCAAGCCCACUUGGCAGGACUAA